AUGUACAGUUGUUUAGGGCUUUCCUCUAUCACCUUCGUUAUUCAUGGUCUCAUGCUUUACGGGUAUGAAACGCAAAAUUGGAGGAUGAGUCUAGAUUGGUUGGGGAUCAUGGCUGGGCUCAAUUUGUUUGGUGCUUUUGCUUAUGCUGCAAGGUUUCCACGUCGCCACGACAUCUUAGGUUCAAGUCAUCAGAUCCUCCAUUUUAUGGUUAUUUUUGCAGGAUUAGCACACAUGGCUGGGCUUUUGAGAGCAUUUGACCAUAUACACUCGGAAACAUUCCAAUGCAUUUGA